UGUUAUCUGGCUGGGUAGAGAGGGAUGGAGGAAGCGGGAGAGAAGAUGCCGAUAUUCAGGGACAUAAGGCGGUAUUUCUGCGAUCACUGUGGCAUCUGCAGGUCCAAGAAAUCUCUUAUCGCCUCUCACGUCCUCACUCAUCAUAAGGAUGAAAUGGAGAAGAGGGCCGAGACAGGAGAGACAAAAGAAGGUGUAAAACAAACAAAUACUUGCGAAAAAUGUGGUGCCAGCUUCAAGAAACCUGCAUAUUUGAAGCAACACAUGCGAAGCCAUUCCGAUGAGAGGCAAUAUGUUUGUCCGGUGGAUGAUUGCCCAUGCUGUUACAUAAGAAAGGAUCACUUGACUCGUCAUCUUCUUCGGCACAAAGGAAAACUUUUCAAGUGUCCUAUUCAGAACUGCAAGAGUGAAUUUGCUUUCCAAGGCAACGUGAAGAGGCAUGUUGUGGAACAACACGACGAGGAUCAUCCCUCUGAUGAAUGUGAGAAGCAGUAUGUAUGCCCCGAAGUUGGGUGUGGAAAAGUGUUUAAGUUUGCAUCAAAGCUACGAAAGCACGAGGAUUCCCAUGUUAAGUUGAACACAGUUGAGACAAUAUGUGCUGAACCAGGUUGUAUUAAAACGUUCACCAACGUGCAAUGUCUCAAGGCACAUAUUCAAUCAUGCCACCGGCAUUUCACCUGCGAAAUAUGUGGGACCAAGCAGCUCAAAAAGAACAUUAAAAGACACCUCCGGACGCAUGAAGAAAAAGUUUCGCCGGAGAGCAUUAAAUGCAACUUUAAGGGUUGUGAUCACACGUUCUCAACUAAAUCGAAUCUUAAUCAACAUGUGAAGGCUGCACACCUGAAACAGAAACCUUUUGCCUGUGGCUUUGCUGGUUGCGGCAUGAGAUUUGCGUACAAGCAUGUGAGAGAUAACCAUGAGAAGACCGGACGCCAUGUUUACACCCAUGGGGAUUUUGAAGAGUCCGAUGAGCAGUUCCGUUCACGGCCAAGGGGUGGGCGGAAAAGGAAGUAUCCAAAUGUGGAGAUGCUGGUAAGGAAAAGGGUCACUCCGCCUAAUCAGUCGGAUGCCAUUUCCGAGUACUUUUCCAUGUUCCUUUCAGAGGAGCAGCAGAGCGAGAUAUAAUAACACUUCAACCUAGUACACUGGUAGAUAGUAGUUUGUCCAUAGGUGGUUUUUGGUGUUCAUAUAAAGAGACAUCAUAUAAUAUGUAUAGCUUCUUAUUAUUUGGUUGCAUUGAGUGUUAACUGGAUCUAUGGUAUGGGAAUAUAAUACCUGUCUUAUUGGGGCCAAAAAUAUUUCCCACCAUGUAUAUAUCUAGUUUCUUGAC